UCCAGAGCUUCAUUUAGCUUUUUUCCCAUCAGAGACCCUUUGCUGAUACUGCAUUUUUUGGGUGUUCUUUUGGUAUUUCUUCAGAUUGCUGAAAAAAGUUUUGUAGCUUGCUCUUUCUUCGUCAAUUUUGUUUUUUUCAUCCUUUACUGAGAUGGAUUCUGACAGUGGUUCCAUCGGCAGCCGUUCCUCCUCACCAGAGCUGGUGGUGGGCUCAUCCAUGGGCAGUUUCUUCUCCAACCAGAUGUUCCAGGAGUACUGCCGCAAGGAAGGGAGCAGUCGCGACUCCCAACCCAGGAUGGAGAGGAGCUCUGGGGCCACGGAGGAGCACAACACCGGGGCCAAGGGCCGCAGCCGGGCCAACCUGUCCGGGGACGACCUGCAGGAUCUGCGGCUGAAGGUGAACAGCCGCGAGCGCAAGCGCAUGCAUGACCUGAACUCGGCCAUGGACGGGCUGCGGGAGGUCAUGCCUUACGCCCAGGGCCCCUCCGUCCGCAAGCUGUCCAAGAUCUCCACACUGAUGCUGGCCAGGAACUACAUCCUCAUGCUGUCCAGCUCCCUGGAGGAGAUGAAGAAGCUGGUGGGGGAUGUGUAUGGUGGUGGGGGUGCUCAAGGCCACGCUGCACGUCGAAUUGCCCACCAGGCACAGACAGCAGCUGCACCACCUCCACCCCAUCAUCCGGUGUCCACCCCGCUCUCACUGCUGCCCCUGGCCCAGUCGCUGCACUCAUUCGGGGGCAGCUCCGCUGCGCUUGCUGCCGCCACCGCCUCCAACCUCCAUCACCCCGCGGCCAUACCCGGUCAGGCUCCACACUCGCCCCCCUCGGCCGGGUACCUGGGUUUCCACACGUCGGCCCUGCCCAGCCUGCUGAAGGACCCGCUGCACCUGGCCUCCUCCUACAGGCAUUUCCCCGGCAUGCCCUGCCCCUGCUCGCUCUGCCAGCCUCUGCCUGUCUCCUCUGCCAGUCUGCAUAGCCUCACCAUGGGCAAGUGAACUCUGCCUGGGCGUGACUGUAGUCCAACUGAGAGAAGAGACUUGUGCAUCAUAAGAAAUGCCUGAUUGUGGAGAUCUUUGGUG